AUGGACGGUGGUGGUUUCCGGAGUGUGCUGCACCUCAGCUACCGUGAUUACCGCUCGGUGCCGGAGGAGGAACUGAGGGGCGACGGUAGCGACGAGAUCGAGGAGGUUUACUUGAAGGAAAACCUGAUCCGCGACUUUCCCAGCUGGUUUUUCGUGGACAUGUGUCACCUGCGGUUCCUGUGUCUGGCCGGGAACGUGAUCGACACGCUUCCGGCGCAGAUCGGUCACUUGGAGUGCCUCGAGACGCUUGACCUUUCGGACAACUCGUUGCAACGGUUACCGCACACGUUAGGCCAACUGGGGCGGCUAACGAGGCUGCUAUUGAAUGGGAAUCUGCUUACCCACUUACCCCCAGAGCUUGGACACUUGAAACGGUUGGAAGUGUUGGAGUUGCGCAAGAAUCGUCUCACAAGUAUCCCCGUUGAGCUCAGCCUGUGUCUUACCCUUCAGGAUCUUAUCCUUGACGACAAUCCAGGCCUCGUGUCCAUUCCGACGCGCCUCUUCAACCUCCCACGGCUUUGCUACGUUUCUGCCGAACGUUGCAAUCUGUUCCAGCUUCCAUUCGCCAUCAACACAACAACACUGCAGUUCUUGCGACUGUUCGGGGGAAAUCACAGUCUCACCCACUGUCCGCUGGCCCUGGAACGGUACGCCCAACCGGACUACGACGCACUGGCGGACCGGAUCCGGCGGAUACGCAAUCCACCCUGCUACCGGAAGGUCCAAUGUCUGCCAGUGCCGUACGUUCUUAACUUUCCCGCCGAACUGCUCGCCCUCAAAAGCCAUCGCGACGCUUCGCAGUCUCCAGCAACACUGCUAGAAACGACGUUACGAGCCUGUGCCCUGUACGGUGUUGCGGGGGAGGUUCUUGAAAAGAUCAAUCUUCCUUGGGCUCUCUCCGACCGGUUGCUUCACGGACCGGUGGCUUGCUGUUCCAGUGUACCGUGUGGAAGGGACCUAUUCACUGAAGCUGUGUUGGUGUUGGUUAAAAGAAGAGAGUACGCCCGAAACUUCCUCCUGAGUGCGCUGUUCUGCUCGAAACUGUGCGCCUUCCGGUGGCUGCAGUACAACGUCGACACCUACGAGGAGCUUCCUUGGGUG